AUUGUCAAACAAAGAAACCUGGAUUAGUGGUAUAUCAUGAUCGUUGACUUGACUGAUGAAUUGGAGCAGAGCGAUAGCGGCAUGGAAUCUUUGACUGCGAGUAAAGAUGAUACCCCGGAGCGUAAGCCUGACGAUAAUUUCUUGUCUCCCGGUCCUUUAGGCCCCACAUCGUGUAUCAAAGAUCUUUCUGUAAAAGAAUUUGACGACGAGCCUGAUGAAACUUUGAGUGAGAGAUUAUGGGGACUGACAGAAAUGUUUCCAGACUGGGUGCGAAAAGGCACGCACUGCGUAGCUAGCAAGACUUGGUCUGGUGUGAAAUCAAUGUACAGCUUGUCACGUUCAAUAACAUGGAUAGUCGCCAGUUCCUCAGUGAUUCUGUUUGCUCCAGUUAUAUUUGAAGUAGAACGUGCUCAAGUAGAGGAGAUGCAGAAGUCACAACAGAAGCAGGUGUUACUCGGCACUAACGCAUCAAUGUCCAACUUACCGCCGAUGCCACGAUAAAUACUGUAAUGUUAACGACGAAUUACAUAAUUGUAUAAUUCAACUACAUGUAAUCUGAACAUUUCAUAAGUCAUCC